UAUUAAUUCACAAUGGCGUACAUUCCCUCGCAAUACCUGCCCAACCUGAAAAAAUACAAGUACGCGGCCAUCGACAAGUCGCUAAUCAGCAAGUAUGUGCUGGCCGAGUACUGGAACCAGCUGGUGAAGAUAUUCCCGCUGACCAUGGCGGCGAACAUGGUGACUUUGCUGGGCUCGCUGCACGUGCUGCUGGCAAUGGGUUUAAUGCAGGUGUAUGCGCCGAACCUGACAGAGACAUGUCCGUCGUGGGUGUACUUUGCAUACUCGCUGUGCAUCUGGAUCUACGGGUCGUUUGACGCGGUGGACGGGAAGCAGGCGCGGCGGACAGGCACGGCGAGUCCGCUGGGAGAGCUGUUUGACCACGGGUGCGACUCGCUGGUGGUAUCGCAGAUUAUGAUUCUGUAUGCGGCGACGUGCCAGCUGGGCGAGACGUGGUGGACGGCGGCGCUGGUGUUUUUUUCGCUGGCCAAUUUCUACAUGUCGACCAUGGAGGAGUACCAUACACAUGUGCUCUACCUCGGGUACUUUUCGGGUCCCGUCGAGGGCAUCCUGAGCUUUUCGCUGGCCACCCUGGCUACGGGGAUCUGGGGCCCAGAGUUCUGGCACACCAAGAUCUUUGCAGUGCUGCCCACGGCCGUGUCGCAGUACCUGCCGGAGCUGACGCUGGCGCACUCGGUGGUGGUGGGCAUGGGCGCGAUCCUGAUCCCGACCAUCUACGCCAGCCUCGAUAACAUUUCCAUUGCCUGCCGCGAGCAGAACAGGAGCGUGGCCGUGGCUGUGGCCGAUGUGGUGCCGUUUGUUGCCUCGAUCAGCAGCGUGACGCUGUGGCUGUAUGCGUCGCCGGAGAUUCUCGGCCAGCACCUGGUGCUGUUCCUGCUGUUUGUUGGCUUCGCCUUCUCGUACAUCGUCGGUCGCGUUAUCGUCGCCCAUGUCACAGGCGCGCCUUUCCCCAAGCUCAACAGGAUGCACGUGCCUAUUUUCCUCGGCACCCUCAACGCCGUCAUGCCCAUGCUGGGGCUGCCCAAGCUGGCCGACGGCAUCCAUGAGCUGUAUCUGGUGUACGCCUGCCUUGUCUACACGGCCGUGCAGUACGCCCACUUUGCCCUGGAGGUCAUCAGCACCAUCUGCCAGUACCUCGACAUCAACUGCCUUACCAUCAAGCACAAGGCCGACGCCAGCAAAAAGUCCAAUUAAUCGUCCUGGUUUUCCUUCUAAAUACAUUUCAUUUAAAAUU